GGAGCGUCUACAGGCGGAGAUCGGCUCACUAACCGCAGACCAGCAGCUACAGAUAACGUUUCUUCUUGUAGCAGCACGAUGAUUAUAAAGAAACUUUUCUUUUUAAAAUUUUUAAAUCAACAAACUUUUUAAAAGACAGGCUACGGUAUAACCAAAAUUAGAUUACUCAGAAUAAUCUUUCGGUUUAUCCGUCUGUGGUAUCGCGAGGAAUUAGUUAGAAUGACGUUUUUCUGAGAAUUAACAUUUGAAGAAAGAAGUUUCUAAAAAUCUUUUGUUUGUAAGAUCAGAAACUGUCCAAACCACCGGUUAAGGCUUCGACUGACGACUCUUCAGAGCUGCUGGAGCCAUAAUUGGAGACAUCGCCGCUCUCUCUCUCUCUCUCUCUCUCUCUCUCUCUCUCUCUCUCUCUCUCUCUCUCUCUCUCUCUCUCUCUCUCUCACUCACACACACACACACACACACUCUCAGUGAUGCAGUAUGAGAGGCUGCUCAAAGUUUUGGUCAUCGGAGAUCUGGGAGUGGGUAAGACGUCCAUCAUUAAGCGUUACGUGCACCAGGUCUUCUCCCAGCACUACCGGGCCACCAUAGGAGUGGACUUCGCCCUCAAAGUGCUCAACUGGGACGCGCAGACGGUGGUGCGGCUGCAGCUGUGGGACAUCGCUGGACAGGAACGUUACGGGAACAUGACCCGGGUGUAUUACAGAGAAGCUGUGGGAGCUCUGGUGGUCUUCGACAUGACGAGGCUGUCCACGUUCCAGGCUGUCCUCAAGUGGAAAGGAGAUCUGGAUUCAAAGGUCACCCUGAGCAAUGGAAGGCCAGUUCCAGCAGUUCUGUUGGCCAACAAAUGUGACCAGCGUAGUCACGGUUUGUGUCCCAGACUUCCCAAACUGGACAGCUUCUACCAGGAGCACGGGUUUGUUGGCUGCUUCGAAACCUCUGCCAAGGAUGACACAAACGUUGAUGCUGCCAUCACGUGUUUGGUGAAGACCAUCAUAGCUGCAGAGGAGGAGAAAUCAACGAUUGACACUGCCAGAAGUGACGUUAUUAUUCUCCCUCGCUUCGACUGUGAUAAGAAGGAGAAGGGACUGGGUGGGUGUUCAGGAUGCCCCCAAGUAAACCCCAAAACCGAGGAAAUGACUAAAAACAGAUUAUGGAUCUGAUUAUCAGUGGCGGAUUUAGCAAUUUGGGGGCCCAAGGCGAACACAGACAUGGGGCCCCUUACACUAAAUUUUUGACAAUCUUAUCUUUAACUGGAUUUGCGAAACUCUCCCCUCUUCUGACAUGAGUUAUUUUCUCUUUAUAUUAGUCCUCCUCUUUUUCCUGUAUUUCCCGCCCUUUGAGCGCUUUCAAUAUUUGCUCUGCUUUAUUUUUCCUGUCAGUGCUCCUGUGCUUUAGCCUUAGUUUUUUUUUCUAUUUUCCAUUUUGGUCUGUUUUCCUCCCUUUAAACAUUUUCCAUAGUCUUUCCUUUCUGCUUCCUUUUGAUGUUUACAUCGAAAAACAACGUCACUUUCAGAAGUGAAAAUAAAAGCUUUUAUGAAGCAA